AAAGUCAAUCUUGGAACUUUCGACUGCUCUGAAUCCGAUCAGAUCCUCGACGGUUCGUUCUGUGGGUCGUUCCGUCCACUUCCAGCCAACUGUGGUACCGCAUUCGCAUUCGGCGUCAUUCCAGACAGCAACCCUCUCCUGCUACUGUCACUCACAUUCCACAACCUUCCGGAAGUCUUUUUUCGUUAUUCCUUUCGUUAAGAAGGAUCCAAGUAUUUUAUUUCCACUCCCUCGCUUUCUCGGCACAGUCACCAUGGACUACACUAUGGAGGAUACUCAGAACUCCGCUCCAGAGGCCCUCGAGGCGACCAAGCUGAACUCAGCACCUCAGCGGAAUGACAGCCAAAGCGUGACCAAACGCCUCCAAGCUGAACUGAUGCAGCUUAUGCUCUCGCCUUCUCCUGGUAUCUCCGCAUUUCCUGACGCCGAUGGCAACCUUACUUCCUGGACUGCCACCAUCAGCGGACCAAACGAGACUCCCUAUGAGGGCUUGACAUUCAAGCUCUCGUUUGCCUUCCCCAACAACUAUCCUUACUCUCCACCAACCGUCCUCUUUAAAACUCCCAUCUACCACCCUAAUGUGGACUUCUCCGGACGCAUCUGCCUGGAUAUCUUGAAGGAUAAAUGGAGUGCUGUGUACAACGUGCAGAGUGUUCUCCUGAGCUUGCAAAGCUUGCUCGGAGAGCCAAACAAUGCCAGUCCCCUCAACGCUCAGGCAGCCGAGCUGUGGGAUACAAACCAGGAAGAAUACAAGCGUCACGUCCUUGCGAGACACCGCGACGUUGAAGAUAUCUAGUAAACUGUAAUGACUUUGUCGGCUGUUGCCGUGAUGUGGCGUUAAGGACAGACCAUGUUUCUUUUGGAUGCUUUGCAUAGGGUCUGUGCGUCGUCGUUUCUUGGGGCGUCUCACUGGAGACUUUGUCACUCCUGCAUUUUGGCUCGGGGAUAUGGUUCGAUGCAUAAGGGAUACAAAUGGUUCUGGAGUUUAUGCGUUGGGUUCACCUUCUGUUAUGGGACCGCGAGUUUAACUCAGGUAUAAGAGUGCUCGCACCCGUGGAAUAAAUAUGAUCCUUUCUUUGUCCUGCAACUUAAUAAUGGUUAAACAUACUUCUCUAAUGAUUUUUACCUCAACUGUCUUGCGUACUAAGAUGCUAUGGAUAUCCAGCGG